AUGGACGCCACGCCGGCUGCUGAGGGGGCUGCGCUGCACGCCACCCCGAGCAGACCGUUGCAGGGCGAUGGGACUGCUUCGCGGGAUGGCCAGAGAGCGUUGGAUGGCGGCAAUAAAAUUCUCGAUCGUCUGCUUGACUACGCUUGCGCGCUGCGGCGUAUCGAGGGUGCCCGUGAUCGCUGGCAUCAGGCAUACGCGCGCUCGGUCGGCACGCAGUCGAUGGAUGGCCUCGUGGGUGUUGUGGACGAGUCGCGUCGACUCGCUACUUCACCUGCACUGACUGUCCUGGCGGGGGUCUCGGAGUCUUCACCGCUUCCUGAAGGCGUGGGAACUGCGGUGAAUACAGAUGUUGACGUGGGCGAGAACGCUGCUGCGAAACCGCGAAAUGAAUGGAGUUCUGUGCGCUUGACUAGCAGCGACAGCAGCAGUGUGACCUCGCCGCGACGUCAUAAUUCUCUGCUCGACGCCGCAGCACCUGCAGCACCUGAUAGCGUCGGCAGCAGCCAGACCGCGACGGCUCUCACCGUACGACACAAGCGAGACGCGCCGCAGCGGCCCUCUCCGCCGCUGUACGAACUCUCCUCGAACAGCGAGAGUGCGAUCCACCCCGGCAAUCAGUGUCUCGCCAAUCAGCUGUGGGGGCGGCAGCUCAGCCUUCACGCGGCGGAGCUCCUCCGGCGGCUUCUGCGCCGUGAGCGGGACCAUCGAAAGACGAUUUUGCUGCGGGAGAUUGAGGCCCGUUACGCGGUGCGGUUGUACGAAGCCUCCGACGCGGCGCAGCGAGGUCUGGACUUCUUUGCAAAGGCGCAGGACGACGUGAGUACGAGCCGCAGCAGCACCUUUGCACUUCCUGUGGAUUCUACUCGGCGUGCCGCCACGCUGUCACCGCCGGUAGCUCCAACGCUACAUCCAUUGGGCGGCGCUGAAACGCCAAAGUUCGAGAAAUCGACGAGCUCAAAGACGGAAGGGAGGGCGGUGCGGCGCGGAACGUCCUCAGCCUCAUCGACGGAGCCGAGCAGCAGCGGCACCGGCGGCGGCAGCGUUCGGAUUCCUCGGCGCGGCGAGCGAUCAUCGCUCAACGACGGAGUGGGAGAUGCGCAGCGGGGCACUCCACACGUGACGACUCCGCAGCCUUCAUCUUCACCGUCGUCAUCCUGUACGGACGCGUCGUCCUCGGUGGUAUUCGCACGGCCUACUCAGCCGCAAUCACUUAACAAAACGAAGACGACAGCGGAGAGAAGCGACGCUCCCGUGGCAGAGGAGGCGGGUCUGGUGACGUCGGUGAAGUCGAGUGGGGAUUGGGAAGAAAGCGCAGGCCAGCCGCCGUCUUCAGGCGACCGCAACGCGCCUGCGCCAUCGGAGGCUGUUCAUACCACGAGCACUACUCCAGCUCAAACACUGCAGCAGCCACGAGUACCUUCUGGAGCCGCGGACAGCGCAGUGACUCACUUGGGCGAGAGCGCCGAAGGCCACGACUCGAAGGAUGUGCACGCUGACGGUAGCGUUGCGGGGCGGCGGGUCGAGGGUACAAGAGUGAAGUCUUUUCACGCUCUGUCAGACGGCUCAUCCAGUGCCGAUCGUUCUGCUCAGGCAGGGUCGUCGGCAACAUCGCGAAGCGGGUCGGUCGUUCUUGGUGUACCUUCGCAGCUCCCCGCAGUGAGCGCAGAGGCGCUGCCGCACACGGCAUCGUCGUCAUCGGCGUCUUCCUCGCUGCCUGCCUUCUCCGUCGUGCCUGCGUCUCCGCUUUUCGGGCAGUGCAGCGAGAUGGACAGCAAGGACGGAGCGGGUGAUCGGACACGUGUCUCACAGCAAUCAGCAGCAGCCGGAACGCACAACCAAGACAUCACCGCGUCCAUCACCGACAUCGGCCUGCCAGCACACCGGGUCCGCGGCUCCAGCUUUUCAGAUCUGUGGACGCUGGACAAGGACGAAAGCGAAGAAGACGACGAGGCGCUUGAUGUGGGCCGUGUGCGCAACGAUGGCACUUCAUCUCUGCCACCAACUCCUUCCUUUCCGCCUCAGCCAGCGCCAGACACAGGCGUGGGCCGCGACAGCGAGAGCAGCACGACGUCGAGUGAAGCGUUCACGGUGCAGCUGAGCGGAAAGAAACUGCAAGAAGGCGAUGGUGGACGUCUCGAUGAACGGAGACGAAGUAGCAGCGACAAGGGCGAGGAUCGCACGGCCGCACCCCUGCAAGCAGGCACGUCCGCCUGCGCUCCUCCUCGUGUCGCUCGCCCUGACUCGGUCAGAAGCACAAGCGGGCUGCCGAGCAAGCACUCGUGCAAUCUCAGUGGUGCAUCGGAGGUAGAGCCGCGGCCAGCCAUCGUUUUUCUCCACACGGACACGGACACGGAGGCGUGGGCGCGAGUGCAGUCGGAGUGCGACGACGAACCGCAGCCCUCCCUGUCCGCGCCACAGCCGUCGGAACCGUCGCCGUCGCCGUCGCCGCUGACGCAGCGGCUGAGUGCAUGGGAGACGGCGACGACUGGUGAGGCCUUGCAACCUGCCGCAUCGCUGAGUCCUCCGCAGGCGCUUCCGUACGAAGAUGAAGGUCACCCUCCUCCUCCACCGCCUGAUCAGAACCCUCCCGCCUCCGCGGAGCCAUCGAGGGCCUCCUCGUUUUACUUCUCUCUUCCAGCGCAGAGCAUGCCACGCGCCUUCAGCAGCGGCGGACUGCCACAUGGGCUUUCGUCUCAGGAGUUAGCUGAGUCGGCCCAUGCGAAGAAGGACGCUGUGUCGCCGCUACACGAAGGUGGGAAAGCCAAGCGGCCGAAGAGCGCCACAAAGGAUAAGCCGCACGCGUUGAGCAACAGCGGCAGCAACAGCAGCAACGAUGACACAACCCCGUACCACCGAGAGGCGCAAUUCGCCGAGGAGCCGCAUCCGUUUGCGCAUCGGCCGUCGUCUUUCCGUGACACACAGCGAGACGUGGAUGAAGAGACAUCAACCUUUUUCGAUAGCGCGGAAGAAGAGGAGAGUACCACCUUCACCGGCCUGCCCUCACGGCAGCGGGAUCAACGAAGGCAGCAGCAGCAGCCGGGUGUGUCGUGGACGAUUCCACUAGACUGGGCAGACAGCGGACGGCGUCAAAAGGUCCACGCGGACCCCGACAACGUCACCAAUCCCCGUCCCUCCCGCACCCCCGCUGCCGCGGAUGCCUCGGCAACUCCGUCGCCGUCUCACCUCCCUUCACCGCACCGUAGUCAUCAUCACCGCACCUUGCCACGUCAUCGGCUGCCACCGCAUCUGCAGGCGAAUCGCCCCCGCGCGCGUGUCCUCACACGUGGACUCCGCCCGGUAUUCUUCAGCAGUAGCAGCGGCAGCAGCAGCGGUACUGCUGGAAACGACGACAACAAUAGCAGUGAUUUUCAUACGGGCUCGAAUGCCUUUGAUGCGGCCUCGCUGCUGUCACAGGUUCCGCGACCGGCAGGCCCGUGGUACGCCGCACCCGCCCCACGGCUCAAAAGGCACCACGUCGCUCGCAGCGGCGCCACUCGUAAGGCGAGGCCGUCGCGGUCGUGGCGGCAGAAACGGCCACCGCCGCAGCAGCAGCGAGAGACAGCACGUUCGUCAGGCGAUGACGACGACGACGACGACAUGGUGGGGGAAGGAGGUAGGCACAGGGAUGUGGAGGUCUCUCCCGUGCGGCGAACGGCGGUGCAAGGCGGGAGCGCCUCCGUCCAGACCCCAGCGGGUUACGCACAGCAGCAACAGGCGUCCGCACGCGUGCGAGGAGGGCCGUAUGCCGUCCCGGCCGGGCUGGCCACCACUCCAUCUCCUGCCAGGCCCUUUUCAACCCCUGCCCCGUCUGCCCUUCAUCGUUCUACUACAACGGAGGCCAACGCACCUUCGCGAAGCCCGCAGCAUCGACCACAGCCGGCCGGACCGACCUAUGCCGAAUUGCAUGAACGGCGACAAGCGUAUGAGGCCCAGCACCAGCAGCAGCAGCGUCGAGUGUCGCCCUCCACUGGUCACCGCGCCUCCUACGCACAGAUUCAAGGCCACCCAGCAGACGUGCCUGCAGCCACCACUGAAGCAACAUCGGAGGAAUCGCCUCCCGCACAAGCAGGCACCGCAGCAGCAGCAGUUGGCGACACGGUGAGUAAGGCGGUGGUGUGGCGGUUGACGGGUGCGCCGCUUCCCCGCUCCGCCGCGUCGCAGAGAGUAAAAGAGGAUAGCCUCGCUUCAGCCCCAACGCCGACUAUGUGGCCACCACCACCAGCGCCCUCAUCCGUGGCGGCCACCCCGUCCCGACCUGCUGAGGUGGAGCGUGCGCCGUCGUUGUUGCCGCUCGCGGAAAGCGCCACGGAUUCUUUGUCUUCCUCGCCGCGGCACGGCGCCACCGCGACCGCUCCCCGCGGAGCCAAGUCCCGACCGCCGACGGACGUCGUAGGUGAGGACAAAGCGGAGGCGGAAGGGACGGACCUGCGUGUUGAAGAGGCCCGUCGUCGCUUAAUGGACGACGUACGCACCUCCUCACCUCCCCCUCCUGUUUCUCCAGUUGUGGGAGACGAAGAAAACGUACGCCUUCAGUCAGGGGUCAUCAACGCAGUGCCGCAGCCUUUCCGAGAUAACGCGACGUUCAAUGCAACGGAAGCGGCUUCGAUGUCCACGAGCCCCGGCAGCGCUCACGCAGGCGCCACGGGUGACGAAGCAGGUAAACCGAUGAACGCGCCCACACCGGCAGUGCCAAUCCCCGCAGAGACAAACACUCCGUCACCAGAGACCACACCGCCUUUACCACUCCCACCACUGUCGCCAACGCAAUCCCUACCUCGUCCCGCUCUGAACAUACAAGAGGCGGCGGAGGGGGGAAAGGAAGGAGAAGGGCGGAGACGAAGUAAAAAUUCGGAGGCACCGACAGCCGCCUCGGAGGCGAUGGAGUACACGAUGGGGCUGACCAACUCGAUGUUGUACGGACGCGCCUCCACGGCAGCGGAGUGGUCGCGGUCGACUUCGCACUCGACGACGCCGGUGUUGCGACAUCAGCAGACAACACACCAGCCCUCAGUUGCAGCAACGCGAGGGGAAACCCCCGCUGACGAAGGACGCACACGUGAACAUGACGAGUCAACGAAGGAAGGCAGUGAAGAGGAGGGCACGGACGAUAUCCACGACACCCCUGUCCACCCCCGUGUGGAGGCUGAAAAGAAGAAAGAGGAGGAGGGCCUCGCCGAUGCUCUGCAGGACACGCCUCGAGCGUCGACGCCGUUUGCGCCCACCGUGGCGCCCGGCAGCCCGGGGCCACCACCGCCGGUGAGUCGGGAAGCGAGCGGGCUCACCCACCCAGAAAAGGAGUCGACAGGAAAUACUACGGCGGAAAGCCUCGCACAGCCUCGGGAAACGAAAGAAGCGGAAGACGUCGCGACCUCUCCACCUUCGCAUUCCAUUACCACUCCUGAAAAAGAAGCUGUAGAAGAGGACGAAAAGCGGAAGGAGCUGCACGAGGCGAUGGAGCAGCCCCCUUUGGACGCCGAGACGCUAUCACCGACGCCGGUCGAGGGCGUGAGCGGUACUCCCUCUUUCACCUCCCACCCAAUGCUGUCGCUGCCAACCCUACACGCGUACGAGUCUGCGCUGGCCGCCACUACGACCACCAUCACCGCUCCAACUGCACCAGCCGCAGAGGCGAGGAUCGGCAAGGAAACAGGGAGCGCGUUGGGCGCAGAGCCGUCCGCGGCAGCAAAAGCCCCUCUCCCGUCUCCUGAAGCUCCGACGUCGCUUCCAACAGAACCAGCGAGGGCGGAUGGGCCGCAACAGCCACCGUCACCACAGCAGGGAGGAGCGCACGCCGCGUUCGUAGGAGUGGACUCCACAUUAGGUCCGCGGAACAAGGUGGAAGGGUCGGUUUCUGAUCGUGUCACCGCGACGGGAAAUACGGUGUCCACUGCGCUGCCAGGUCACGUCAUCGACGACUCUCAGCAGACACCCGCAUCACGUCAACAGGACGAGCGCGUAGAAGACGAUCGUCGGCUUCCGUCGAUGCACGUUGGGCCCACACCCUACCCUGCCGCCGCCGCUCGUGGUCAACCACCUGAGAGUCCACCGCCUUUCUGGGAAGAUGUUCGAGAGCCACAGCACGGCACACCAACGGGUGAACAGUCACAAGAGCAGCAAUUGUCCGCCUUAGCGCAACGCCGCGCUGAGCUGGAGCGGCGGCUGGUGGACCUCGAAGCACAGCUGCGCCAUCGGCAAGAAAAUGCACUGCAGUCGUCGGCGCCUGACUACUUCGAAUCAGACGACGUCGCCUUCCACAGUGCUACCGGUAGGUUGGGUGUCCGCCCUGGUCGUCCGCCGUCUUUUUCGCGUGCCAACACGGCCGCCGUAAGCAGGAACAGCAGAGGUGGACGUGGAAGCGGAGUGUGGGGACGAGGCGGCAGCAGCGGAAGAGGAGGAGUUUGUGGAGGUGGCAGGAACAAUAGUGCUGGUGCUACGCAGCGAGAACCCGAACAGCAGCAGCAGCAGCAUCUGCAUCGCAGCCCCGCCGCGUCUCCAUCGCCACGCUCUGCAAUUCAGUGGACACCGCGGCCACACCCCACGCGAGAUCCAGCCGCAGCAUCAGGAGCAGAGUCUGACUCUACCGCACACGGCCGCGUCUCGCACGCUGCCGUGGGUACGACCGGUGACGUGCGGGGAGGGCGUAGUAUUGGCCAACCCCCCAGCAGCUCCCUCCCGCCUGAUGCACGGACGGCACCGUCAGCACCCGCUGUAGCCGCGCCCUCGACGUCGACGAUCCGUCCGCGGCUCUCUGCGUCGCCGGCGGCUGCCACUGCGGUGGUAGCGGCGGCGGUAAGAAGCGACGAGCACCCGUACUCCCGCACGGAGCACCGCGGCUACGGCUUCGCCAACGCCGGCUCCGUCGGCUCUCCCGCCGGGCCGAACUAUCGCCGCACGACCACCGCCUUUUUAAUCAGCGCGGACUGGCGGUAUCAGCGCACGUACGUGGACACCGUGUUCUUCCCGCAAGUGGUGGAAGGAGCGCGGAGUUCACACGGUGCGUCGAAGGUGCCGCAACCAGCGGAGGAUGGAGAAACACCGCAGCAGCCGCGGUCGUCAUCGUCGCAGAGCGUGCCGCCAGGUGAGAGACACGGCGGCGCGGAUGUGUUUGCGUGUCGGCCUUUUCGCUUCCCGUAA